AAGACGUGGCAAGAAUUCACCAGAAAAGAAACAAAAACAUGAGCACAGCAGGAAAAUAAAAGGCAGGCUCUGUGGAUGUAAUGCUCUAUCAGAUUCGGGCAGAUGGGCUGGAGCCAUAACAGAGUCAUCAAGUGCAAGGCCGCUGUGCUCUGGGAGCUGAAGAAGCCGUUUGCCAUCGAGGAGGUGGAGGUCGCACCCCCUAAGGCUCAUGAAGUUCGUAUUAAGAUGGUGGCCACGGGGAUCUGUCGCACAGAUGACCACAUCAUCGCCGGCUCCCUUUUCGCACCACUCCCCUUGGUGCUGGGCCACGAGGGGGCCGGCAUUGUGGAGAGCGUCGGAGAAGGCGUGACGAGCGUCAGACCAGGUGAUAAAGUCAUCCCGGUGUUCCUUCCCCAGUGUGGAAAGUGCAAGGUCUGCAAGCACCCAGAAGGCAACCUCUGCUUGAAAAUUGACGUUUUCAAGCCGAGUGGGACCAUGCAGGACGGGACCACCAGGUUCACCUGCAGAGGAAAGCCCAUCAACCACUUCAUGGGCACCAGCACCUUCUCCCAGUACACGGUGGUGCAAGAAUGUGCAGUGGCCAAAAUCAAUGCUGCCUCCCCGCUGGACAAAGUCUGUCUCAUUGGCUGUGGGUUUUCUACCGGGUACGGGUCUGCCACCAAAGUUGCCAAGGUCACUCCAGGCUCUACGUGCGCCGUGUUUGGUCUUGGAGGAGUCGGCCUGUCCGUUGUGAUGGGCUGUAAAGCAGCGGGGGCAGCCAGGAUCAUCGGAAUAGAUAUCAACAAAGACAAAUUUGCAAAGGCCCAAGAGGUGGGUGCCACCGAGUGCAUCAGCCCAAGGGACUUCCAGAAACCCAUCGAGGAGGUGCUGAAGGAGAUGAGUGGAGGAGGUGUAGACUUUUCCUUUGAAGUCAUUGGUCGGAUCGACACCAUGAUGUCUGCCCUGAUGUGCUGUCAAGCCUCGUAUGGAGUAAGCGUCAUUGUUGGAGCUGCUCCUAACUCAGAGAUGCUUUCACUGAACCCCAUGCUGCUGCUGACAGGACGCACAUGGAAAGGAGCUCUUUUUGGUGGCUUUAAGAGUAACGAUUCUGUCCCAAAACUUGUUGAAGAUUUUAUGGCUAAGAAGUUUCCAAUGGAUUCAUUAAUAAGCCAUGUUUUACCUUUUGAAAAAAUUAAUGAAGGAUUUGAGCUGCUUCGUUCUGGAAAGAGCAAAUUUAUGCCUGGAAAUCUAGUCUGCAAGGAUAAAGAAAUCAUCCGUACGGUCCUGACGUUCUGAGGUCACAUGAAGGUUACCUUUGCUGGGAGCAACAUCCCAGCCCUUCCACCAUGAGGAACAUCCUCUGAAUGACACCACUAACUCUGGUUUUGAAAGAUGCCGUCAUCAUUCACACAUGUAUAUUUUGCAAAAUCAAUGAUUGUUGUGGAAUCAUAGUAAGAAAAUGUGUGAGACCUUACUUUGUGAGGGCUAGAUAAAAACGAUCAACUUCUUUCUUAGCUGUUCUUAGUUUGUCAUUUUUCCCUUUGAGCAAAGAUGUUUCUCUUCACCUGUUGCAUUUUGUUGUAUCUUUGCUGCCCUAUGUCCUGAUGUUAACCUACUUGCUCCCGUAAUCAAGAUGAACAAUUGUAUUUGAAACUUUCUGCUUCUA